AACACUUGCAAAAAGGGUUCCUUAAAAGUUUUCCCAUUCACAACAUAGAAGAAACAAAAGCCCUAGGCAUGAAUCCAUGUUCUUUACCCCUCUUCAUAUUGUCCACCUUCCUCCUCUCCUUCUUCUUCAUUAAUGGUGCAAAUGGGGAUAGCAAUCUCGUGACAAAGGUUUGCAGAGUCUCGAUCGAAAGGGACCCGAACCUCAACUAUACUUUCUGUUUGGAGUCCUUUCAAGCAGUCCCAAAUAGCCAAAAUGCAACCCUAAGAGGGCUAGGGUUUAUCUCUGUGAAGCUAACCCACUACAACACAGUUCGUGUUCAUGCGCUUAUCAAGGAACUCUUGAACCAGAAUUCGGAUAAUAAGAGUAGAGGCAGGUUGCAGGACUGCUCGAGCGUCUACUCUGGGGCUGUAUAUGACACAAGGGAUGCCUUUCUUGCUUUUCGGUCUGGAGAUUAUCAAUCUGCCAACGUGCAUGUGAGUGCAGCAAUGGAUGCAUCCAAGGUAUGUGAAGACGGGUUUGCGAUGAGUACAGAAGGUGCAAGACCUCCUUUGGGAAAUAACAAUAAGGAGAUAUUUGGAUUGAGUGCAGUGGCUUUGUUCAUAAUUAACAUGCUUGCAAAGUAAUGGCUAAUUGAUUUUUGGGCUAGCGUUUCAAGUGAGAAUGUGCAUGGAAUAUGAUGUCAUUUGCUCAUUCCUUUUAUUGUUAUUAAAUAAUUAAGAUAAGCAAAAUAAUGAUAUACUUAUUGUUAGUAAGG